CUGCUCCCUCCCCUGCAGUCGCAGUCGCAAAUCUCCACCACCCACCACCCUCACUUCUUCAACAUCGUCAUCGUCCACUUCAUCCUUUCCAAUCCAAACCCUCUUUCACGUCUGAUCACCAACCCCGUGUCUGCAGACUCGACCGAUAUGAGCAGAACCCGGCCUUCCGAUUCGCGCCUCGCUCCCUCCCCUCACCCGCCGAGAUGGACCCCCAAAUUCGAACAAAGGGUCCCCAACGUCCAAGCCUCCGACGUUGACGACGAAGAAAUAAGCUUCAAAGUCCCCCCCUCCCGUGAUCCAUCAUGUCUCGACAAAGUCAACAUGUCCGCCAUCGAGCCCAGCUUCAACCCACACGGAACCACACCGGUACGGAUACUGCGGUACCACCAAGUCAGACAGCUCUCCACCAACGAGGAGACUAAUUCUACAAGACGGCAACACCAACUCGGAACUUCUCUCUUCCAGUCUCUGUCAUCAUCAGCACCAGUAUCAACUACCGCAACUACCAGCGACUACCACCAACCUUUCAAAAUUCCUUCCUACGCCUCUCCCGAGAUUCCGCAACCAACCGCGACCAUUCUUUCCACACCGCCCAGCCACGAAUGUUCGCUGACUCUGGACGGGAAGUCCCAUCACCGCGACACCAUAGCUCUGUCACAGGAUCGCAGUUUGAGAGACUACCACGCUCGCGACCCCGCAACGUCGCACCAACAGCCCUCCCCUCUCCCGACGCCGCCCGAAAGGGCAUUCGCUCAACCAAUUCUUUCACUUCAGAGCCCGGCGACCGUCCAGAGCGGUUCGCUCUGGCGGAACCCAUGUAUCGGAGGCACACUGGCGGGCAACUAUCGAGUAGGGGACUACAAUGUCGAUUACUCUGCGCAGGAGUCGCAUCCCGAGCAGAGUCAGCAGCAACAUGGUUAUGACACGACGCCUUCCCAUCAGCAGCACCAUAGGAGUUCCAUUCAUCAUGGCGCCGCCCAUACGCCUACUCUCCAUGACCCGUCGCCGAGUCACCAUCCGCACCAUCCAGGAAUGCAGCAACACCACUCUCACCACCCCCACCAGGUACUAAUGGAUCCGGGGCACCAGAUGGGACACGCGCGGCAUCUUGGCCCGCCUCAUUAUGGUGCCCCAGGGCCGGUCGUUGCGCCCUUGUACCCUUCCAUGACAACGCCUACGCAAGCCCAUACGCCGCAUGGAGCUCCUAAGCGGCCGAGGCCGGAUGACCUCGACUUGUCCGUACCCGGAAUUCCUGACCUGGAGCAGACUGACCUCGAAAGUAUGCAACAAACACCACUGGGGGCUGCCUACGCACAGGCGGGGGUCCAACAAGUACAGGCUCCCACGCACCAUCACCACCGGCUUCCUGACACGGGUCCUCCUUCCAAGAUGAUGCGGCACGAUGGUGAUGGAGAUAGAGGUGGGGCUCCGAGCGUGGUAGGACAAGCUGGUAUGCCCGCUCCGGCACCGAGACCGCGAGGCCCGAAACUUAAGUUUACGCCCGAAGACGACCAACUCCUGAUCGACUUGAAGGAGAACAAGUCCCUUACUUGGAAGCAAAUCGCCGACUUCUUCCCCGGUAGAUCAUCGGGAACCUUGCAAGUACGCUACUGCACGAAGCUGAAGGCCAAGACAACCCAAUGGACCGACGAAACGGAUCAAAAGCUUCGUACUGCUCUCCAGGACUACGAGAAUGAAAAGUGGCGUAUCGUAGCCAACAAAGUCGGUACUGGCUUCACUCCUGCUGCUUGCCGCGAACGCGCUCAGGAGUUGAUGGGCGGUAUGGGUGCUCCCUUAUAG